CAUCUUUUCAGCCUUGUUAUCGAUACUACCUCAUCGCGGGAUUCUGGGUCAUCACGCAGACGAGCUCGCGCGAGGUUUAACGUUUCCUUGCAUGCCUCAUCACAGGCCGUGAGUGUGGGACUGGAGCGUCCAGCGGCGCGCGGCCAGACGCGCCGCGCGAUUUGCAACAACAAAGGUCCGUGAUCCCUAACAAACUGACCUGACAAUGGCCGCACGGGAAAUUCGUUUUGAAGGAUCAUCUUCGCAAUCCUCCAUCUCCACAAAACCCCGAAAGAUGAACCUUCAUGCUAUUUCAAUCCUGAUGGCCAAAUACGGCGCCGAUACCUAUCUCAAUGCACUGCCAUCAGCAGGUUCCAUGACCUGGAUAGAACCUUCAGUAGGAGAGGAACCUCCAAUUCUGGUGAUUGGCAGCAUAGGCAACCGCAACGUGCUUGCUUAUCUGUUGCCACGUGGGGAUGGCACUAAGGAUGUCCGCUAUUGUCUGAAACAUAUUGGCGAUGAGAGUCCGCCCUCGCCAUCGGAGCAAAUUACUUGUGAAGAAGUCUUGCAAAAGCCUCUUGUCGCACCGUUCAAGCAUUUGGUUUGCGGGUCAAAGUUCAAGAGGCGGGUGCUUAGCAUGGUGGUCCGGUAUUACUUUCUGUCGCGAGGCUACCUAAGCAGCAUUGAUGCUUGGAAUGACGACUUUGGCAAGCGAUUCGCGACUAUGUUGAGGAAGAUGUCCUGGACUUCCAAUGGAGGACCGCCCCUCCAUAGGACCGUGGAGGAAAGUCCAGAGCCGGAAGAUGGAGAUAGUGCGUAUGGCUUGCUAUCAGAUAGCGGAAAUGGCGAGCCAAACAAAUCCAGGAGCACUUUCGUGGAGCAGCAAAGCUCUGCGAUGGGAAUUCAAGAUCGGUGGAACAAUGAGGCAAACCCGGAUCUACGUCGCCUGCGAGAAUUCCUCGAUGAACACGACUCGUUGUAUCUUCUAGACAACAUUCCUGAUGCUGAAGAUGUCAAGUUUGUGGAUCAGACAUAUAUUCUCGAAGCGCAGCCCAAGAAAUUAUUUAUAGGAAGCCAUACAAAGUCAGGAGACGACAUAUAUGCGUACAUGGUGCUGCUACAGCAGCGUGGCUUCCAUGAGAUCCGAUUCUACGUGGAGAGUGCCCACGGACACAAGACGAUAAUGUCUGCCGAGAUCACAGGCAGGCAGCGUAUAUUGCAUCCUUUCAGUAAGACAUACCCUAGGAACACGGGACCCUGCGAACAAGCUGAUAGGGCUCGAUUUACGCUUAUGGUAAAGUGGUACUUUAUCGCCGCCGGAAUUGCAACGGAUUGCGUCUUAGAAGAGACCAAGAGUUAUCCUGGGCGUUUUCACGCAGCACUAGGAUACAUUGCUGAUCGAAUGGGGUCUGCUGCCGUCAAAUCCUCGAAACCCGUUGCGAACAAGGAUGCUAUACCAGAUGAUGCUACACCAGAUGAUGCUAGUGAAAGUUCCUACGUUCCAGAAGAAAUCGACGUCCAACCUACACCGCCCCGCGAACCACCACCCAAGGGACUUCGUCUCCCAGGCACUAUUACUCGUAAAUCGGCUCCCAGCAAGCCACCAUCACAACCAACGCUCAGGAAGAGCUCGUUCACAAGGACGUCUACCUCCGAAGAAACUUUUACGCCCAAGACCCCGCCACGCGGCGCUAAGCGCUCAGCCGAAGACGAAACAUUCGAAAGCCUCACUAGACUAGUCAUGAAACAGCAUAAUCUUACCAAACACCUGAACGACGUCGACCACGAUCUGGAAGUUAUGGAUGCCCGGUUUGAAGCCUUCAAAGAAAAGUGGAAACGAGAGCGUGCCGAGUUGGAAAAGAAAAGAGACAAGAUCCAGGAAGAAAGGAGCGCUGUGAGGAACACGUUCAAAAAGCAGAAGUUACUAGAUAUCGAGGACUGAUGAGCGUUUGGUGGAUUUAUCCUUUUUGCGAAAAGGUUGGCAUAUCAGGAUAAUGAGGACUUUGACUGACAUGAACCCAAAUUAGCCGGGUGUUUAAACUCAAUAUUAAUACAGAAAUCUUUACAUGUUACAUAGUAUCGGGGGCUCACGGUCAUUGGGCUUCUCUCACGGACCUUCAUGUCUUAACUUGCUGCGUUCGCCGAACAAAGUUCAUCAGCCGACAAGUACAGCGGACUAUUAGCAGGUGUC